UAAAGAGGAGAAAAUGAUGAAAUUAAGAUCAAAGCGAUUCUCCAAAAGCAACGCUAAGCUUGGCGGCGGAGUAAGCCCCGCCGCCGGCAGCGGCGGAGAAAUCAAAUGGGAGCUCAGGCCCGGCGGCAUGCUUGUUCAGAAAAGAGAUAGUCAAGAAAACGGCGGCGUCGGAGAAGAGACGAUGAUCACCAUUAGAGUCUCAACUGUCUCUAAAUGGCACGAUUUGCCAAUCCAAGCCACUUCCACAUUUGGGGAAUUAAAGAUUCUAUUAUCAAUAUUGACCAAAUUGGAACCCCAUGAGCAAAGAUUACUAUUCAAAGGGAAAGAGAGAGAUGAUAAUGAACACUUGCACAUGGUUGGUGUAAGAGAUAAGGAUAAAGUUCUCAUGUUAGAAGAUCCGGCUAUCAAAGAAGGCAAGCUACUCGGGUUGACCCGGACCCGGAUCAUUGGAGGCCCGCCUUAUUGCCCAAUUAGUGUCUAAUUCUAGAUGCAUGGGAUCAAGGUCAGCCGAGUCACUAUACAAUAGCUCCGCUUUGACAUUUCGAAGAGUUCACUUUUGUUUUGUCCGUCAUCUAUUGACCACUACAGUUGCAAAACAAUUGUUGUCUUCAUUAUAUUCAACCACACGAGUUUCGUUAUUGGAUCAAUCAUUGAUUAUAGCAUGGGAGGACUUUGUUUUUUUGUCUAAUAUAGCCAUGUGGGCUUGGGCUCAAGUAAAAUGUAAAAUGAUGAAUGCCAAUUCAUUUUAUACAUUAGUGUAUAGGUAUAUUCCAUGUAAUGUAAAUGAAGCCAUGAUAUUAGUUUUAAAUUUUUUGUUUUGUAAAGAGGAUGUGUUGUCCUUUCAUGUAUGUAUAUGCCUACAACUUCUUGUCUUCUCCUUCUUAUAUUUUAAAUUAUUUUUUGUACUUA